AUGGUCACUGCCGGUCCUUCGUCAGCACAGAAUGGUGCUCAGGCACGCCCAGCAGCUUCUGCAGCCCCUGGCUACGAGCUUCCCUGGGUAGAGAAAUACAGACCCGUCUUCCUGGACGAUGUCGUCGGAAACACAGAAACCAUUGAGCGACUCAAGAUCAUUGCAAAAGAUGGAAACAUGCCCCACGUCAUCAUCUCGGGCAUGCCUGGUAUCGGAAAGACAACCUCGAUUCUGUGCCUAGCCAGACAACUACUCGGAGAUGCAUACAAGGAAGCCGUGCUCGAAUUGAACGCCUCAGACGAACGUGGUAUCGAUGUCGUCCGCAAUCGCAUCAAGGGCUUUGCUCAGAAGAAAGUCACACUUCCUGCUGGUCGUCAAAAGCUGGUCAUUCUCGAUGAAGCCGACAGCAUGACAUCAGGUGCUCAGCAAGCUCUGAGAAGAACAAUGGAAAUCUACUCAAGCACAACUCGCUUUGCUUUCGCCUGCAACCAGUCUAACAAGAUCAUCGAGCCUCUGCAGUCUCGUUGUGCAAUUCUCAGAUACUCGCGUCUGACUGAUGCUCAGAUUGUUAAACGUCUGAACCAGAUCUGCGAGGCUGAGAAGGUCGAAUACUCAGAAGAUGGUCUUGCCGCCUUGGUCUUCAGUGCAGAGGGUGAUAUGAGACAAGCUAUCAACAACCUUCAAAGUACUCACGCCGGUUUUGGUUUUGUCGACGGUAACAAUGUCUUCAGAGUUGUUGAUCAGCCUCACCCCUACAAGGUCGAAACCAUGAUCAAGAACUGCCAUUUAUGCAACAUCGACGCUGCUUUGUCAAUGCUCAAGGAGCUCUGGGACUCUGGCUACUCAUGCCACGACAUCAUCAGCACCAUGUUCAAGGUCACGAAGACGAUUCCAAUUCUGUCAGAGCAUGCCAAACUUGAGUUCAUCAGGGAGAUUGGCUUCACACACAUGAGAAUUCUCGAGGGUGUGCAGACUUACCUCCAGCUCUCUGGCUGUGUUGCAAAGCUCUGCAGAAUCAACAUGAAGCCUAGUCUGUUCGUUCUUCCCAAAUAG